CAUUUGUUUUGUGUCUUCGUUUUUUCCUUCACACGUCGCAGACUCCCAAUUAAUAUUACAUCAAGUCCAACCCUCAAACCAAACCAAAAAAGGGUUUGUGUAGUCGAGUAGCCAUCAAUAAAGUCGCCAAACCAGAGUAAUAGAUGAAACAAUUUUACAAUCCUCAAUUAGAACAGUCCGGUUCUACCAAACGAACAAAAGAAGUUAGAAGUCAGUCCGUUUCAGGAAAUCUAGGUUUUUGAGGUAUUUGGUUCUGAAAUCGGCUUAUAACAGGGCUUUGGCUGCGGUGCACCAGUUUGGGGAUGUUCUGGAAAGCUGGGAGUUUCUUCGCACGACCUUGAAAACGUUACAGAAAUUAGGGUUUCUAGCUGUGCUUGAUUUUUAUUUUUGUUGGGUUCUGUUGAUGAUUUGGAGUAACAGCUUGUUAAUUAGGUGUGGAGUUACUGGGUUUUCUGUUCAAAGGGAGUUAAAGAGGAAUGAUUGAGUGAUGGCUCCUAAAGGAACUACACCGCAGAAAGCUGCCGAGGUUGCGAUUCAGUCAAUUGGGCUGGGAUAUGAUGUUUCUGAGGAUCUGAGGCUCAAGUACUGUAAGAGGGAUUCGUCUGGUUCACGGUUAAUUGAGUUUGAUGAAGAUCAGGUUCAGGAAAUUGUUCUACCUGGUGGUAUCAAAGUUCCAAAUGUGCCUAAGUGGAUCAAAUGCGAUAAAGGGGAACGGAUGCGUUUCAGGUCCGAUGUGCUCUCGUUUCAGCAGAUGGCGGAGCAAUUUAACCAGGAAAUAUCUUUGUCUGGAAAAAUCCCCUCAGGCGUUUUCAAUUCAAUGUUUGAUUUUUCGGGUUGCUGGCAGAAAGAUGCAGUCAACACUAAAACCCUUGCUUUUGAUGGUUGGUUCAUUUCACUAUAUACCAUUGCAUUGGCAAAAUCUCAGAUAAUACUGCGAGAUCAUGUGAAACAAGCUGUCCCAUCAUCAUGGGAUCCUGCUGCAUUGGCGAAGUUUAUUGGAAGGUUUGGUACCCAUGUUAUUGUUGGUGUAAAGAUGGGGGGAAAAGAUGUAAUAUAUUUGAAACAACAGCAUUCAUCGAAUCUUCAACCUGCUGAAGUACAAAAAAGGUUAAAAGAGAUGGCAGAUAAAAGAUUUCUAGACAUGAAUGGGCAGUAUGAGAUGAACCCUGAAGAAGCUUAUGAGAAGGAGAAGUUUGAGAUUAGGGAGCAGCGGCUAAGGUUUGCAGAGACCAACAUCUCAAGUUCUUGCUCGCAUAAGGAGGAUAUUACAUUCAUUUACAAGAGGAGAGGGGGAACUGAUGAUAUAGCCCUAUCUCAUAAUUUGUGGUUAAACACAGUCCAGCAACAUCCUGAUGUGAUUUCAAUGUCUUUUAUCCCCAUCACAUCCCUUUUGAAUGGAGUCCCUGGGAGUGGAUUCUUGAGCCAUGCCGUCAAUCUUUAUUUACGAUAUAAACCCCACAUUGAAGAGCUUCAUCAGUUUUUGGAAUUUCAACUACCGAGGCCAUGGGCACCGGUAUUCAGUGAUCUUCCUCUUGGUCCACAACGUAGGCAGCAGUGCACUGCAACUCUGCAGUUCAGUUUUAUGGGUCCCAAGCUUUAUGUUAAUACCAGUGCGGUAGAUGUUGGUAAGCGGCCAGUGACUGGCCUUCGGCUAUAUUUAGAAGGGAAGAGAAGCAACUGCUUGGCGAUUCACUUGCAACACCUCUCCUCCCUGCCCAAAGUCUUCCAACUACAUGAUGAUCCAAUGAGAAACUUUGCCCGUGAGUCUUAUGACCGGAAGUAUUAUGAGAAAGUUCAGUGGAAGAACUUCUCUCAUGUUUGCACUGCUCCGGUGGAGUCAGACGAGGAUCUUUCAAUUGUCACUGGGGCCCAGUUCCAAGUUGGAGAUUAUGGUCUAAAGAAAGUGCUAUUCUUGCGUCUCCGCUUCUCAACGGUUUCAGGUGCCACUUUGGUCAAGAAGCCUGAAUGGGAUGGCUCUCAUCGCCUUGGUCAAAAAUCUGGACUCAUAUCAUCUUUGAUCAGUUCUCACUUCUCGGCAGUACAGAAACCGCCUCCACGUCCAGCUGAUGUGAACAUCAAUUCAGCUGUGUACCCUGGUGGUCCACCAGUUCCUGUUCAGGCCCUCAAGUUGUUAAAGUUUGUUGACACGACAGAGAUGACAAGGGGACCACAGGAUCCCCCUGGAUACUGGGUCGUCUCUGGUGCAAGGCUUCUUGUUGAGAAGGGAAAAAUUUCUCUAAAAGUAAAGUAUUCCCUCUUGACUGUUGUACCUGAUGAUGAGGUACUAUAAUAUUAGUUUGCAAGCAUAAAAUGGCAUGAGGCAGCUAGAGUGCAAAAACAAAAGGAAAAGCAAAAAAUUGAAGUCUAGAGCAUAAACACGAAGAAAAAUUUGUCUUGUAUAAAUUCUUGGCCCGACCUUUGUUCUAGCCAACUGGUCAAUGAGAAUUAUGUAGGAUUGUAGGGUACUUGAAGUAGGAGCCAUUGUUUGUACAAUGGUAAGAAUCUUGGGAUGACAAGUUUGAGAAUGUGGGUUUGAGUUUGUCGGCUGCUUUGUGCAAAACAUGCUGAAGGUUAGGAGGUCCCUUUAUGGUCAUCUCCCAAGACCACGGAACAGGCACCACAUUGGAAUGGAAGAGCAGUGGUGGCUAUUGUGAUGGUUGUACUAUAGUACUUUCUUUUGUUUAUUCAACGCUUUAUUUGUAUUUUUCCAUGAUUAUUCAUUGAACGUUUGUUGUGGGCUUGUAGCUAUAGUUGGAAAAUUUGGCGUUGGCUUUGCA